CCGAAACUUUCUCCAACCGUUGACUGAAUUAACAUACUCAGACAAAUCCCCCCUUCUCAUGGAAUCACAUCCCUUAUCCACUCUGAUAACCAGAUUUAAGUAACAAUAAUCAAUCAAUCAUCUACCCCAUCUUUCUCCCACACACUAAAUCCUAAAUUACAGUUCCAAUUUCCCGUAAUAAUCACCUUACCUCCCUAGCUUAAUUACUACUAAUACUGACUGAUACUCCAACCGUCACUCAAACUACAGUAGCUAGCCUAGCUACAUCUUUGCGCAUUGCCUGUGCAGUCACUUGAUUAUGGCGGCCACGAAACGAUCUCGAGUUGUUACGUCACCGAGCCAGGGGGAGAUCGGGCUGCUCGACAUAGUCCAGCCAAUGAUCGAGUCCUCUCCCGCGCGAAUGCACACAUCUCCCCUGUUCAACGUCUCUAUGAAAUUGCGCCACCCAACACCGUCGACGCCCGGAGAUUUCAGAUCGGAGGCCAAACACCUUUCUCCGGGUUUGUUCUUGUUCGGACCAGUUAAUGACGACGACGACGACGAUGCGUGGGAUUUGAAGCGGAAGCAGAGGCAGAGGAGGCGGCCAGGGGAAGGGUACUGUGAGUUUCUGGAAGGGUGUUACUUGUGCCACAAGAAACUCGACCUCUGCCAUGUGUAUAUGUACGGUUACUUGGGUGCAUUUUGCUCGCCCGAGUGCCGUGAGAAUCAGAUUGCAGUGGAUGGGUUUGACCAGCAAGUGUCCAAAGAAUCAUCCGCCAUGGUUAAUUUGUUCAUGCAGCGGGGACAUCUUGAUGAAUCCGCCAGGGUUAGGGGACAGUUUUCGGUGGUGGUUGAUGACAAGCAGCAGCAGCAGCAAUUCCUUGCAAAUACUUUUGCAUCCACUUGCAACAGAUUUGCCUAGCCUAGCAUAGCCUAUCCAUUCAAAUGUUCUUCCUUUUUUAUUCUUCGUUCAAUCUUGUUGCUUUUGUUGCAGUGGUUCAUGUGUUAGCUAACGCAAUGUUUGUAACUUUGAAUCUAGCUUUUGUUAGAAGGAGGCCAAUGGCUAAAUUUUUUUUACAGUCAGAGACCUUAUCCUUAGUUUCUUUUAAUGAAAAGACAAGGAAGUUUGAAUCAUUUACAUGACUUCAGUCAUAUACAGUUCGUAUCUCGUGCAGCUGAAUCUUAACUGUUAUUGCUGAUGCUGGUGCUGUCUAAUCGCCCUCCUGGGGCAGCACACUGGCACUUUUACUUGCAGCUUAUGGCCAUCCCAGUAGCUAGCCCACCAUUGCUGAACUUGAGAAUGCAGAGUUUUGAUUUGCAGAAUUGAAGGAAGCUCUCAGAAACUGAUGAGCACUCUUCCAACAACUUGUAUGCAGGAAACAGUUUUCUUUCAUCAUUUUCAGUUUGUUAACUGAUUAGGUAUCAGUUUUGGCUGAUGUUGAACAAGGGCAGAGAAAACAAGACCAAUCCUUUGUCAUGUUGUGCUCUGCUGAGACAAAAAGAAAACAUACCAUAACUUAUGCUUUUCCAACCUUUUUUCAUGCCUUGCUGUUUUACUGAACUGCUGCUGCUGCUAGUGUUGCUUUCACCUCCCCACUAAAAAAAGGCCACUACUGACCAUUUAUUGGGUCCUCUCAGUUUUAAACAUCUCCCUCUCUCUCUCUCUUGGUCAGCUUAAUUAUAUAUGUUUUCUAGCAGAACCCAACACAGGAUCAUGUUGUUUACUGUCCAACAUUUGCCCACCUUAAUCAUUGCAUUUCAUGGGUGUGCUGAGAAAUGCCUUGCACAAUGUGGGAUGUUGAAGCCGGGGAGUGGAGCUGCAUAUGUAUAUCAUGACUUUCCAGAAUGUCAGAUGUUUGAUCGCUAGGUUUUAUGCUCUUCUUUUCAAGUAGCAUUAUGUUUCAUCACUCACUCUUGCAGGUUAAAGAUGAAAACUGUGAAGAAUGCCUGCAGUUUUUGUCAGUAUAAUCAUAGGCCACCCCAUAAACAAGGCCCAAAGCCAUGAGAGCAUUGUGUACAAUCUCUGCAAUGAAACUUUAUAGCAUUUGUUUGCUUCCUUUAAUCAUCUUCCACACGCAAUCACGGAUUGUUAAGAUAGUUACAAGAUCGAUUAAUGACCUAUUAUGGUAUGAAAUUGCAUACAAGCUCACUGGAUUUAGUCAUACAGAAGAACCCAUGAUUGUUUGCUGGGAAUCACGUGGCAAGCAAGUGAAAAGCAAAAGAGAGGGAGAGGUACCCUAACUUUCUCUGAGGUGAUGCAUGAAGAUGAAAGGAACAUGUCAAAGCCUCCUGCUGUAGGUUUAUGACUUUUGCCCUUCAACCUACUAGGGACCAGCUUGUGACUGAAAAAAACCAAGUAAAGGAAACAUGCAAUAGACCAACUCCAGAAAGUGGGCUUGCUAGUAAAUUUUGGAUUCAACU